AGGAAGGCUGGAGGAGGGUGGUGUGGGAGAAGAACCUGAAAAUGAUUGAACUCCAUAACCUGGAUCACACACUAGGAAAACACAGCUACAAGCUGGCGAUGAAUCAGUUUGGUGAUAUGACAACUGAGGAGUUCAGACAGCUGAUGAAUGGUUACACACACAAGAAGUCAGGAAGAAAGUACAGAGGGUCCCAGUUUCUUGAGCCCAGCUUCCUGGAAGUGCCACGAUCAGUAGACUGGCGAGAGAAGGGAUAUGUAACUCCAGUUAAAGACCAGGGUCAGUGUGGUUCUUGCUGGGCUUUCAGCACGACAGGAGCUCUUGAAGGGCAGCACUUCAGAAAAACUGGCAAACUUGUUUCACUGAGUGAACAGAAUCUGGUGGACUGCUCUCGACCUGAAGGGAAUCAAGGCUGCAAUGGUGGUCUGAUGGACCAGGCUUUCCAGUAUGUGCAGGAUAAUGGGGGCAUUGAUUCAGAGGAAUCCUACCCAUACACUGCAAAGGAUGAUGAAGACUGUCGCUACAAGGCAGAGUACAAUGCUGCUAAUGACACUGGCUUUGUUGACAUACCUCAAGGGCAUGAAAGAGCUCUCAUGAAAGCAGUUGCAGCUGUGGGUCCAGUGUCUGUUGCUAUUGAUGCAGGCCACUCUUCAUUCCAGUUCUAUCAGUCAGGUAUCUACUAUGAACCAGACUGCAGCAGUGAAGACCUGGACCAUGGUGUUCUGGUUGUAGGUUAUGGCUUUGAGGGGGAAGAUGUAGAUGGAAAGAAAUACUGGAUUGUUAAGAACAGCUGGGGUGAGAAGUGGGGUGACAAAGGAUAUAUCUACAUGGCCAAGGACAGGAAGAACCACUGUGGAAUAGCAACAGCUGCUAGCUAUCCACUUGUAUAAUUUGAAGACUGAACAUUUCAGCAAAAGAGGGGAUUUAAACUGAAUGACCAAACCCAUGUUCAGACAUGUGGUAAACUUGUGUCUUUCAAGUCAACUUGAUUUUUUUUUUUUUUUUUUUUUACAUUUUGAAGUAUAUUUUAAAUGUUGGUGACAUGCCACUUGUCUUAAAUUAAUGUAAAUGUUGGUAUGUAAACAGCUUGUAAUAUUGCUGGCUUUUAGCCGCUUAAUCCAAUAGAUUAUUUGUAUUUUUCCUUUUUUUAAAUUGCAAUGUGCCCAAAGGUUUACUUUCUAAAUAAACUUAAAUUCCACU